CUAGAAAUGACAGCGAUAUUUUGAUCAGCGGAGAGACGUAUUAGUAGUAGAUCCAAGAUGGCGGUCAGAAACCAGCAGGAGCUGAGAAACUCUAUCGACAGCGCUGCGCAAGCAGGAGAGCAGUUUAGUCAAUUGUAUUACGAGAUGUUUGACAAAAGACGGCAUAAAGUCCCCAAGUUAUAUUCAGCCAGUUCUACAGUUGUCUGGAAUGGAAAUGUGAUCAAUGGAGACCUUGAAAAAUUAAUGGAUUUUUAUACCAAUCUACCGUCAAGUGAACACACUCUYUAUUCUUUGGACUGUCAGCCAGUUACAGAAAAUGCUAUCCCAGGAAGAAAUACAAUACUCAUUGUUGUUGAGGGAUGUGUCAAAUUUGAAGGCCACAAAUCAGAGAACUUUUCACAGAAUUUUCUUUUAACUGUUGAAGGAAGUUCAGAAGGUGGACAAGUCUGGAGAGUAGCUAGUGAUUGCUUUAGAUUUAUUGAGUAAAGCAAUAUGAAUCAGAAAAUAGAAGUGGAGUAUGCUAAGAUAUCAUGGGAAAUAUGCUGAGAAGUGCGAGUACUGACAAGAGGGUCUUCUAACUGCUGCAUCACAUGUUCAUCAUCCAAAUCACAUGAACCUAAAUCAUGGUGCAAUAUUCUUACUAAUAUUUAUGGGUUGUUCCCUGUAUUUCAUGUCAGGAAUGUCGUUGAAUAACCUUUAUGUAACUAUACUUCUAUUGUAGUAAUAAUAGCUUUUUAAUAAUAUAUGUGCGUUCAGUUUUCCAACACUGACAAACUGAUGUAUGGGGCGAACCAUAGCAUAAGUGCUGGGCUUUUCAAGCAGAGAAKUGUAAUAAAACUAAUUCAAAAUGAUAAAUGACAUUUGGAGAUAUCAAAGCUAUUUUAUUCAAUGUAAUCAUCUUUACAACUUAAUUAUUUCAUUCAAACAAAAAUUGAACAGAUAGUGUCAUCUGCCAAGCUGCAUUAAAGCACUGUUUGCAUUGUUGCUAUACAA